AUGAGCAACAACGUGCAGGACCCAUCUGCCAACGAGGCUGUGCAGGGUGGUGACAGCAGCAUGGAUAUCACCGAUCAGUCUCAGAAGGGCAAGGGCAAGGCUACCGAGGACACCAUGGCCAUGUCCGAGGACGAUGAUGAGUCCGCAGAGGAGGGUGAGGGCGAGCCUGAGGAGGCCGACGAGGACAACAUGGAAGAGAUCGACACGAGCAACAUCGUGCAGAGCCGUACCCGUGGCAAGAACAUCGACUACGCCGAAGCUGCAAAGGCCAUGGAUGGCGAGGAUGACGAUGAGGAGGAUGACGAGGACUUCCAGGGCGACGACGACGAUGCCAUGUCGGAGUAG